AUGCAUAACUUGGUUGUAAAGAAACAAGAAAAGCCACAUAUUCUUAGUGGCCUCCCUCCAGCCAUAGAAAAUGUCGUUGUUGGUUGUUUUGAGCAUGACAACAGGAGUCGCCCUCUAAUGGCAUACAUAUUACAUGCAUUUAAGAGGGAUCUUUUGAUUUCAUGUGCAAAUACUAGUGACAUUCCCUUUGAACAAUAUGCUGCAUCUGACUCGGUUCAAAUGACAAGUUCACAAAAUGCAGUUUACCAGGAUAGAGGCUGGAUGGGACUUGGAAGCAGAAUGAUUAGGGAGAAACCAAGUGGUAGUGGUUAUACUGAGUGGUUCCUUGCAAAGGACCAUCUCCAAACCCCGAUAAGAGUUCAUGUUUCUACAUUUAAGCUUGUCACAUUUAGAUUGGCUGCGGGAGAUUGGGUUCGUCUGAAGAAAGGAGACAAAAAGCAUUCGCCUGUGGGUGUUCUUCAUUCGAUUACCCAUGAUGGAAGUGUGGCUGUUGCAUUUAUAGGACUGGAGACUCUUUGGAAGGGCAACUACUCAGAGUUCCAGAUGGCAAAACCUUACUUUUACCAGGAUAGAGGCUGGAUGGGACUUGGAAGCAGAAUGAUUAGGGAGAAACCAAGUGGUAGUGGUUAUACCGAGUGGUUCCUUACAAAGGACCAUCUCCAACUUGUCACGUUUGGAUUGGCUGCGGGAGAUUGGGUUCGUCUGAAGAAAGAAGACAAAAAGCAUUCGCCUGUGGGUGUUCUUCAUUCGAUUACCCAUGAUGGAAGUGUGGCUGUUGCAUUUAUAGGACUGGAGACUCUUUGGAAGGGCAACUACUCAAAGUUCCAGAUGGCAAAACCUUACCGUAUAGGGCAGUUCAUUAGGCUGAAAUCAAACGUCUUUAGCCCUUGA